CCUUAUUGUUAUGCGCAAACUCCUGUCGAACGGAACUAGUGGACUUCGAUUUUCGCACAAAAUGCACCUUUCUCCCCUCGUAAUUUAACCUCAAAGGGGUGUUUUGACGGGAGAACAGAUUGCAGGGAGUUUAUUGUGUUAUUUGGUAGCUGACAAAUGUCUAAAGUCUGCACCGCAAAGGGUGAAGACAGCGAAAAACAUGAUUCCGUGAAGGCAUUGCAGUCUCGAUUCCCGGAGUUACCAUUGGACGUUAUCGCAAAAUUUCUAUCCCAGCAUGCUGGAAAUCUUGAGAAGUGUAUUGUAAUUCUAAGCCAAGAGAGUGACAAAUACCUAUAUGGAGAGGACGUCGUGGCUGAUAGCCCCACCCCUGUACCUGUUCAACCAAGCACAUCUUCAGCGGCAAGUCGACCAAAUCUAUCAGCUUCUUCUGCACCUUUAGAACCCUUGUCAAUCACAAUACCACCGUCCAAUAUCACAGAACGGGCUCCUGGCUAUGGUCCUCUAUCUGUAAUGCCAGUUACAAGACCUUUGACAAUUGCCAUUCCUUCAUCUAGCUGUCUAAGCACUGUGUCUGAAGCUGAGGCUGCAAAUACAAGACACCAAUCAAUAGAUGCUUAUAGUCAAAAGCUGAUUCAACAUCAGCAGCAGAGACUAGAAAGAAUAAAAAAAGAAUUAGAACACGAGAGAGAGAACUUAUUUAAAUUACAAGUAGCUGUUCGGGAAAAAGAAGAAGAGCUGUUCCACAAGAAAUACAAAGUAGCAGAUAAUCCAACGGAGUCUAACAUUGCUCAUUUGCAAGAAGAGACUGAAGUCUUACGAUCAGAAGUGGAUCAGAUGGCCAGUCAGAUUGACAAAUUAAAUCAUGGUGCAAGUCCACCACUCGGCAUUAUCAAUCCCCAGCAGGAUGUCUACCAGUUUCCUACUCCUCUGCCGCAAAGCAACCAUUACCACCAGGGAGGCCCGCAUCAGAUGAGAAAGAGCUUAAGUUUUCCACGAGAUCCAGGUGUUCUGCACUAUGGUCCGCCUCAUCGGCAACACCCUCCAUAUCCUGUCCAGCAACCACCAUACCCUGUGAAUGGGAUGCCUGGGGCAAUGCCCAUGCCGCCAUGGAUACCACCGUAUAAUGCCCAUCAUGGUGAAGAGGGAGUUAAUCCAAACCAAAGCCCUACUAGAGACCCUAGCCUCGAAAGGCAGGGGUGGAUUCUUAUUCCUCCUAGUGACCUUCCCAGGUCCCCCUCUGUGUCAUCUGUUACUAGUUGCCCAGAACCCAUACAAGAAGAAAAACCCUGGCAAUGUAAGCAUUGUACAUUGGAGAACCAUGGUGCUCUUAACGUAUGUGAAGCUUGCGAUAUGCCAAGAGAUUGACCAGCCAUAUGGUUACUCUUUACAACUACCAGCCCUACUGCUAUGUAGACUUACAGACAUUGUUGCUUGUAUCUGAUACUGCUCUUGUUAGGACACAAGCUAAAAAAGUGAAAGAAAGUGACAGUGUAUACCAUGGAAGAUUCACUUUGAAACCAUUGGGGAUCUUUGGACUGUGUCAAUUUGCAAGAAAUUUAUCCUGUACAGAUAUGACAUAUCAUGUUUACUUUCAGUAUGGAGUUAACAGUACAUUUACAUUAUAAGUUUGGUAUUCCAAACUGAGGCAUGAUGUUUGUGAGCUGUCCCAACAUCUGUUCAUGAGUUUUCUAGUCCUUUGUUGGCACUUUCGAUGUAGAUAAGCCUUAUGUAAGCAAAGUUUGUUUUUAAUGGUUUUUGGGAAAAGUGAAUGAUUUCCAUUACUGUGCAUUGCCUAAUGAAUUUCAGUCUGAAGAGCUUUCAACAUCCACAGGUCACUUAUGACACAGUUGGAUUUACUUUAAAAACACAGUGUAAAUAUAUCAAGAUUUUUUUAUGAGGAGAAGAAUGAUGGUACAUACAAUGUACUCUGACAUCUGAAGAUGCUUUAUACUUGGAAGUUGUACAUUUGAAUCCAGCUACAGAGAAGAAGGAAUUUUACUCUGGGAUUGCACUGGAGAUGUAGCAAGAGUAUUGUAGUUUAUAAAUGUAGUAAGAGAAAUAAAUGAACAUUAAUCAAAAAA